AUGAUCGCCCCGAGGAUGUUGGAAGGGACCAUAACACAGGUGGUGAUCCCUGCAGUCUGUUUCGCGGUUUGCGCCGCCUUUCAGGGCUGGGAAUUGUGGGGCCCUCACAAGCCCGAGCUUGCUAGAGCGAGAGCACUAUUUAGGGACGUACGGGCAGGAUGGGUCGUGGAUAACUACAUGAAGGGACAAGCGGCGGUGAACACGACGAGGGACUACAUCCGAGCCGCCUUGUUCUUUGCCAACACCGCGAUCCUCCUCGCAACAUUCGUCGUGGGGUACGCAGGGUCGAUUUACACGGACUGCUCCGACGGAGACACGUCUUGCAGCGCCGACGACUGGCUGUUCGUCAUCAAGCUCGGCGUCCUGGCGGCGCUGCUCAUGACCAUCUUCUUCGUCUUCACGCAGUGCACUCGCUACGCGGUCCACUUCAGCUUCUGCAUCAACACCAGGAAGAUUGCGGGAGCGCCGAUGCCACAGUCCCUCAUGGUCAAGGUCUUCAACCACGCGCACCAGUACUACAGCUUGGGCAUCCGACUUUACUUCGGAACUAUCCCCGUUUUCGCGUGGAUCUUCACGUCCUGGGCUUUGCUCGCCGUGACUCCCGUGUACGCGUACAUGGUGAGGGGGCUGGAGAACGCCGGGUUCGUGCAGGACGAGCUGGACGAGAUCGCCAGGAGAGCCGAGGUCAAGCAGCACGUUGUAUAGCAUCUUCUCGUGCUUUCAGCCGUUGCGGCACCGGCGGCGGGGUCAGGAGCGGUCGUUCCUUGCGGCGGACGGCCGUGGUUAAGCGGCCCUGGGCGGUGCAAAAGUAACGCGUUUCCCCAAGCCAUCGCUACCAUGUGGUACUGUGAUUGCGUACGGGAAGCGCCCAUGUAGAGUAUUAACUGGGAUACCGCUCUUGUUCACAAAAUGGAUUGAGCCUGCCGGACCCCGUAGUUUUCGUAUAAUAGGAGGCGCGGUCGGUAGUGUUGUCCACGCACACACGGGCUAUUAACUAGAGAGGGUUGCUGUAUAUGCACGAGAUCCCCGCAGAAAAAAAGCGAACGUAGAGACGCCUUGUGUUCUACGAACAUGCAGCGUACUCCGGAGUAGUUGUGUUAAUGCCUUGGCACGAGAGUAAAUAUAUUAGGGUUUGAAAUAUUUUUGCCAAGAGGGUGUAUUGACGGUAUUUUUUCGUUGCAGAUUACGGUGAGCCAGCUACCUUUCUGAAAGGCGCAUGCGGACCUCGGCAAUGGGAGCAACGCUGCCACCUUCGAAUCUUGCAUCAAGCGCAUCGGGCUCAUGCAUAGAAUAGCUUUUCAUGUUUCGUGUAUAGAUGUUGGAAAACUGUAAGCACUCCUGGUUUUGGUCUGACUGCUGUUUUCUUGCUUCAAGGCGCGAGUAAUCGUGCGUGUAUGUCUCGGGGGCGAAAUCACUCUGUGUGUGCGGAAGCUUUAGAAAGAUGCUUGUUGUCGCAUGGUAGUGUACGUUGGACGUGUGUUCCAGCAAGUGUUGUCUGACGUCCGCAUACCGUUGUUCGUGGUUCCCAUAUGGACGCCCUUUGCGCACACGAUUUCUUGGUGGCCCUGCCUUGCGUUUGUCUGCUGUGGCAUAGAAGGGCUUCUUGUAUUUUUUGUAUUGACCGAGACCGUACUUUUGUGAAGCGGUGCGUUGCGACCAGGGACAGCAGUCCUUGGGGCCAAGUUCCAGCUCAGCUAUAUGUUGGUGUUCGAACGUUUUUCUAACGUUUCGCGUGGCAAGUUGCCGAAACACCAGUACAUACAUACCACGUGCAUGCCAACUUAGAAUUGUGCGGAUUGAGGCGGGUCCAUUUUUCACUCCGCUGAUCGCCAGAGGCGUAGUUUCCAGUUGGUUGAUGGCGUUGCUGUUUGAUGUUGCUCUUCCGUAGGCUCGGGCCAAGCAGUAAUUAUUACUUCAAGAGUUUUUUUAAGGUGUACAUGCGGUAAUUAUUUUUCCCGCGGCACAGGUGCCGAUAUGCUUCAAUCAGGGCUGCCGCUUUCCUUACGACUCGUUCGAUUUCACGC